GCCACCUUCCACUGCAAAACUUGGUCCCUCCUUAUCCACAUGUACGCCACUUCUCUGAUUUAGGUAAGUCACGUCCAAAUCCACAAACCACCACACAACAAUCUUGACACAAAAAGACUGAAGAUAGAACAAAUUUUGAGGGAUAGAUUAUAGAUAGAUAUUGGAAAUCUCCAUCAGGCAAAGUAGAAAAAUGUCUGUGGCUUCUUCAAUUCCAUGCAUCAAAAUCUCUCCUUGUUCUUCCUCACCCUCCUCUUGCACGUCUUCAUCAACUUCAUCCUUUUCUCUCAGAUUUUCUUCUUCCAAGCCUUUUUGUGUCACUAUAAGGAGUUCUCAGACUGAAGGUCCUCUCAGAAGACCAGUGGCUCAACCCCAGAAACCCACCCCUCCUUCUUCAACUUCACCGCCUUCACCGCCGUCUCCCCCGUCAACCAACGUGACUCCGCCGCCCAAGGCAGCUGCUAUUGUCGGGGGUGACAAGAAUGUUAUUACGUUGGAGUUUCAGAGGCAAAAGGCCAAGGAGUUGCAGGAUUACUUCAAGCAGAAGAAGCUUGAAGAAGCAGACCGAGGGCCUCUGUUUGGUUUCAUUGGGAAGAAUGAGAUUACCAAUGGCAGAUGGGCCAUGUUUGGUUUUGCUGUUGGAAUGCUGACAGAGUAUGCAACAGGCUCAGACUUCGUUGAUCAAGUAAAGAUACUUCUAUCAAAUUUUGGGAUUAUAGAUUUGGAAUGAAGUAAAUUUGUUUCUUGGACUUGCUCUACAAAAGAUAGGCAGACCAAAAUGAUCAUAAAGAGAACCUAAGCAUGCCACGAAAACUUUGAAGUGGGGUUCUCUUCUUAUUUUCUUACAUGUUAUGAUUGCUUUGGUCUGCAAAUCUUCUGUAGAUCUCGUUUACCUGUUAAUUUAUUUGGAAUGAAUACUUUAAUAGUAAAUGCUGUCCAUAGUUCAGGUACCCCUCCUUUCUGUAAAGAACACUGAUUUCUUUCAUCUUCUUUCUUCUCUAA